CCCGAGGGAAUGACGAAGUCCGCGUACAAGAAGUUGCUACGAAGACAGAGACACGAGGAAACCAAGGCAGAAUACCGAGAACACCGCAAGCAGCUACGAAAGGACAGAGACGCUGAGCGCCGGGAGGAGAUCAGCAAGUUGAAAGCCAACGGUGAGCCAUACGAGCAUCUUGUGAAACCUAGAAACAAAAACAAGAUUGUGAAAACCAUCGGUGUAGUGAUAGACUGUGGCUACGAUGACUACAUGAAUGAGAAGGAGGUUGUCAGUUUGAGCUCGCAGAUCACGAGAGCAUAUUCGUCUAACAGACAGGCUAUGGACAUUGCGCCUGCAGCAAAACUGGUCAUCAGCGGUCUAGACAAGAGACUCAAGCAGAGAUUUGAGAGUGUGUUACCAGACUACCAGAAGUGGGAUCCAGAGUGUGCACAGUUUAAGGAGACCAGUUUGCAGACUGUACUUGACAGAUGGAACGGCGACAAUUCCGUGGGAGACCAGGAUUACUCGAACGUGGUGUAUCUAUCUGCGGACACAGAGGACGUGAUUACUGAGCUCAAGGCGGGAGAGAUAUACGUUGUCGGCGGGAUAGUGGACAAGGGGCGUCACAAGAACCUGUGCAAAACGACAGCAGAGUCGCUUGGGCACAACAUUCGUAUUCGCCGGUUGCCUAUCGACGAGUACAUCAAGCUCAGCGGCCGCAAAGUGUUGACUACGGCGCAUGUGGUUGAGUUGCUCUUGAAAUGGUGUGAGUACAAGGACUGGAAGAAGGCCUUCGAAGAGGUGUUGCCGCCACGUAAGAUG